AUGAUUAGAUCGUCGGCUUUUCGUCGUCUUUUCCUUGCUGCCGGCGGUUUGAACUCCACAGAAACCGCUGAGGUGUUUGCAAUCGGGUCUGUGAGUAUCGAUGGACAGUUUGCCAUUUUAUCGAAAUAUAACUGCCUAGACUAUUUAUACUACUUGCUGACUAUUUUUAUUCAUCCUCUUUUUCUCCUCUACCUAUCCCCUUUGAAGGCAACGACGAGUCGUCAGGGACAGGAUAGAACGGAACCGCCACUUGCCGACACACUGAAGCCGAGCAUCGGGAGCACAGUAGAGGAGAAUCAGCAGCUUGUGGAUGAGUACAUGCAGCUGCUCCAAUUCAAGAAUGGUUGGCCCGCGGCAAUUUCGCCGCAUAUGGAAGCAAUUCGGGAGGUCGAAUAA